AUGGGCUUAGAACUUCAAACGAUAGCUUUAACUGGUCACGGAAUAGAACGUAAAUUAGAUAUAAAUGAAUCUUCUAUCAAAUUUUUACCAACUAUACCAUAUAUGGAAAUCCAGGAAAGAGAAUUCACGAUUGAAAAUAAUUGCGAAUAUCCAAUAGAAUUUUUUUGGCAUCAUCUCGAUGAUCGAUUCAUACACGAAGAUCUCAUUGCUAAGAUACUUACUCACUAUUACGAUGUUAAGGAAAUCCUCUUACCACCUAGAAAAGUUGCUGAAGGGAUCCCAACUAUAUUAAUUGAAUUUUAUAAUGAUUUAGUCAACGAAAUAGCUAAAGAACAAAAAUCUGAUGAGAUAAAUUACAUAGAGGAAGAAGAAGAAGAAGACGAUCAACGAGUUCUAAAUAAAGAAAUCAAUAAGAAAACGUCGAUCGCAAAAAAGAAAAAGAAACAAAAUAAACGUUUAGGUGAUGUAAGUUUGAAAUUGAAGCUUCGAAAAGUAUCUAAUUUGAAAAGGAAAAAAUCACUUAAUGGCUCCGUUACUUUAUGGGACAUAAAAAAGGAUCGUCCUUCGAUGAUCGAUCAAUUAAACAUUGAAAAAUUGCUUCUCGAUCACAUCAGUAAUUUGCACAAAGGUCCAAAUUUUCAUAAAACCAUGAAAGAUCCAGUGAAAUGUCUGUUUGAUGAACUCGAACUCCAAUCCAUGUUGACAGAAAAGUUGGAAGAAUCAGAGAAACCAGAAAAGAAAGUUUGCAUUAUCUUUCACGGUGCACCUUUCACAGCUUACCAGGAAACGGCAUGUAGAAGUGCCAGAGCAUUAGGGAUUCCCGUGCUUUCUAUAGACACGGCUAUUUUAGAAAUAGCAGCUUUUAGCAAGAGCGAGUGUUCGGUCAAACUUAGACAAGCUAUCAAUGAGAUUUAUCAGAAUUAUACUUCUAAAUUUUCUGAAAACAGAAUUCAAAUUCUUGCUGAAAAAUUGGAAACAACGCGUACGCAAAAGUCACGAUCUUCCCAAAAGAGAAAAAAAUCGGGUGAAACACAAAGAACAACGGAGACAUCGAUAUCCGAAAAGCACGAUAACGAUUUAAUAGAGGAGGAAAGAUUUUUACAUUGGACCGACGAACCUGAUCCUUUAGAAUCGUACGACAAAUUAUCACUUACUGAGGAAACAUUAAUUUCUAUGGAUAUUUUAAGUCAAUACGAACAUAAAUUAGAAGCUAUACGAUUAUUGGAAAAAAUUUUUCCAACAAAAAUGAUCACUGAUACCAUAAAGGAUAAAACGAACUUUCAUGAAAGUGAUAAAAGUAGUAAAAAAAGCCAAAGAAAUUUUUUGGAAAUUGGUUCGGAUAUAUUAUUCGAAGCGUUAAGAGAAAGAUUAUCGGAAGAAGAUUUCGAAAGAGGUUUCGUUUUACAAACUCUUCAUAAUAGUACCAUUUGCGACGAGAUCAAAACUUUAAAUAUUUUACUCGAUAUUGUCGGUCACAUAGAAUUUUUUCUUUUCAUUACCUUUUACAAUUCAGAAGACAUUUGCAAUUGGAAAAUUAAGCAAUAUUUGAAGGAAAUUAAAAUGCUAUUUUUCUUUUUUUAUCCUUUUUUAUUUAUAUAUAUAUAUACGUGUAUAUAG